UCUCGCCUGUCUUCACUCUUUCCCAAGGAAUCAUAUUUCCCUGGUGUUGAACAAAGAGUUUAGAAACUUAAGAGGAAAAACUGAUUUGGGUCUGUCUGCUCUGUGGAAUCCCUGUGUGUGACAUCUGGCAAGUUCUGCACCUCAGAUCUAGUCACUGGUCCACGAAUAUAGAGGGACUUGUGAGCCAGAGACUCAAGCCAGGAUAGCAAGGUGCGGGAGGAGUAACUGCGAUGGCAUCAAAACUUUUAGUGAACAUCCGGGAGGAGGUGACCUGCCCCAUCUGCCUGGAGCUCCUGACUGAACCCCUGAGCCUGGACUGUGGCCACAGCUUCUGCCAAGCCUGCAUCACUGCAAACAACAAGGAGUCUGUGGCAAACCAGGAUGAGCACAGCAGCUGCCCUGUCUGCAGAAUCAGUUACGAACCUGGGCACCUGCGGCUUAAUCGGCAACUGGCCAACAUAGCGGAGCAGCUCAGAGGGGUCAAGUUGAGCCCAGAGGAGGAGCAGAAGAGAGAUCUUUGUGAGCGCCAUGGAGAGAAACUCCUGCUCUUCUGUAAGCAGGAUGGGAAGGUCAUUUGCUGGCUUUGUGAGCGGUCUCAGGAGCACCGAGGUCACCCGACAUUCCUCAUUGAGGAGAUUGCCCAGGAGUACCAGGGGAAGCUCCAGGGAACCCUGAAGCAAAUGAGGAAAAAGUUGCAGCAAGUUGGACAAUUGGAAGCUGAACUCAAAGAAAGGAGAACUUACUGGGAGAGUGACAUACAAAGUGAGAAACAAGGUGUUAAGGCAGAGUUUGCUGAACUGAGAGAUCUCCUGGACAUUGCAGAGCAGAAGGCACUGCAAAAACUGACUCAUGAGGAAGAAGACAUUCUCAGUAAACUGGCAGAGGAUGAGGAUAAUCUCAUUCAGCAGAGCCAGUUGAUAGAAGUUCUCAUCUCAGAUAUGGAGCAUCGGUUGCAAGUGUCAGUCACAGAGAAGCUGCAGGAUGUGAAUGACAUCCUACAAAGAUCUUGCACAUUGACCCUGAAGGAGCCAAAAGUUUUACCCCAACGAGAAAGACGUGUGUUUCUACCUCCAGAUCUAAAAGGGAUGCUGCAAAGGCUUAAUGAACUAACAGAUAAGCGAUUCUACUGGGUUGAUGUCACCUUGAACCAGAUCAUCAGUAACUCCAAUGUUGAGAUUUCUGCAAAUGGCAGAAAAAUGAGAGUUCUGUGCAACAAUUAUCCAAUGAAAGAACAUCCAGAUGCCAGUUAUGAAGAUUAUUCUGUCAUGGGAUCACCAGUUUUCAUGAAUGGGAAACAUUACUGGGAGGUAGAUGUAUCCAAAAAAAUUGCCUGGAUUCUGGGUGUGUGCGGAGAAAGCCAUUGUCUAAAAAAUAAUAAUGUUCUUGUACCAGAUCUACCAAUUUUUGGCAAAAAAAAUAAGAUGUCCAAUCCUAUUUUCAGUUUUUACUCUAGAUUUCAACCUGGAUUUCACAUGUGGGUUAUAAGGUUACACAGUCAAUCAGUAUAUACUGCUUUUGAUGACACUUGCUGUCAUGAUCCCAAGAUCUUGACUCUUUCCAUGACUGUCCCUCCUACUCGUGUUGGGGUUUUCCUAGACUACGAAGCAGGUACUGUCUCAUUUUACAACAUCACAAACCAUGGGUCACUCAUCUAUGAAUACUCCAAGUGUGCUUUUCCUAAGAGAAUUCUUCCAUAUUUUAAUCUUAUGAAUUGCAAAGUUCCCAUGACCAUUUGCAAGCCAAACUCUUAAACCUUCUUCACCCCUCCUUCCUUGCAGUGUCUUUUACCUUGGGGGACCUAGGGCACUGAGCUUAUUUACAGCAUUCUGCCACCUUUUCUUUGCUGCUUCCUUUUGCAUUUUAACAUCCUUUAUUCAUUAGCAAGGUGUUCAUUUUGCCUUGUGUCAUAUUUUUCCUAAAUAUUAUGUACAUUAGGAGAGAUGUUUAAUUUACCAAUUCCUGUUCUCCCAAGGAACACCCCUAACACUUCUGUCAAAAAUUUGCGAUCUCAUUUUCUCUGCAUUGACUGAGAAAAUGAAAGAAUUAAGCAGAAAAUACUAUAAAUGAUAUGACCUAAAAGGAGAAGUUGUGCUUAGAAGUCUUGUCAUGCCAUAGCAUAGCAGUUUUACCUGGAAUAACAUACUUAAAAGCUGUGUUAAUUUUCUUAUAAUCUUGGUCAGGAAACCCACAACUGCCCUGUAUUGUGAGAAAUAAAAUUGUUAUGGAGUGUAAUCUGCAUAAAAAGGGGGAUUCUGUGUUCCCUGCUUCACCAAAUGAAGGGCAGAGCUGAGUGGGAAGGAGAAACUGAAGAAAACUGGGAGAAGAGCCUUGGAGGAGAGAUUUGGAAGCAUGUGGAACAGACGUGUGAAAGUCUGUUGGCUUUUCAGUUUGGGACAUACACAAUGGACUUGGAAGGGCACAUGGACUCUCAGACAUGUAGAGAUACUUGGGAGAGAGGUAGUGAGAGCUACCUUGAUUUGUACUUGAACUUUGCUGUUUUUCCAGACUUGCUUGUUCCCUCAUGGCCCUUUUCUGUGGUUCCCUGCCAGAAGGUGGCCUAGCCUGGUGGCAAGCUUUUGGGCUUCCGUGGUCUGUCCACC